AUGUCCUUGUUCCUGAUAAGAAACCUACUUCCCCACCUCCCCCACCUCCCCCCUUCACCCCCCUCCACCCUCUACUCAACCCUGCGCUCCCUCCCCGCUUCCUCUCUAAACCCCAUCCACACACACCUCAUCCCUCCCCGCAGCGCCCACGCCUUCCGCGUCCCCGCCGGCUCCCUAUUCCGCCUCUCCACGCCCCAGGGCCCACAAGUCGGCGACUUGAACAUCUGGAACGCACAUGAUCCGAGAGAAAGAUUCUGGGCGGCCAGGACGAGGCAGCUGCAGAGUAGUCAUGUUGGCGAGGGGGAUCGGCUGUGGAGUUGUUUGCCGUUUAUGAGACCGCUUUGCGGGGUUAUCGAUGAUGGGUGUAGGCUAGGGGAUAGGCAAGGGGGGAGGGACGGGAGGGGGAAGGAAAAGACGAGGUGGGAUGGACGAUGUCAUGAUUUGUUGGGGACGAGGUGUGAUCCUUAUGUUUCCCACAUGCUCACAGGCGCGAGGUACGAUUUUCACUGCCACUCCAACCUCGUGCGGGCUGUUCUUCCCUUUGGCCUCACGGAAUUCGACGUCCACGACGUGCUAAAUGUAUUUCAAGUCACUGGGCUGGACGAGCAGGGCAGGUACUUUAUGGAGGCUAGUCCGGCGACGGAGGAGAGUUAUAUUACGUUCUUCGCAGAGCAGGAUUUGCUGUGUGCGUUGAGUACAUGUCCGGGUGGGGAUCUGAGUGCGUGGGGAUGGCAUCAGGCGGAAGAAGGGAAAGAAGGGGAGGGUGAGGCGUCACCGCCGGAUAUGAAGAGUACGUGUCGGCCGAUUCGGGUGGAGGUGCUGGAGAUUGAGGAGGGGAUGAGGAGGGAGGUGUUGAAGGGGUGGAAGAGACCCGAGAAGAGUGGGUAUGUGGGUAUGCAUGGGAUGAGGAUUCCGAUUGGGGAAGAGUAAAAAAAAAAAGAGAAGACGAAAAGAAGAGUUGAUG